AUGCAACUCGGCAGAUACGAACUGGCUAUGGGCAGAAGCUUAGGUUUGAAAGAGAAGGUUAAGCAGAUGAAUAUUUAUCUCAAUGUUUCUGUGGGUACCGGUCGUACGGCUGAGCAGAGAUCCGAGAAGCGAUACAUAGCGUUCAAGUGUUUUGAUGAACUACAAACCAGCGAUCUACCGCCAGCCGUGUUGCGUCUGCGUUGUUCGGCUUCCGAGUGCAGGUCGUCGGCGGUCAUCCAAUCUCCCCAAGUACUACGAAUACUUGCGCACUUCUACAGAUACUGGCAGUUCGUCUGUCACCAGUACUGCUGCCGCACCAACGCCUACCGCUGUACCAGGUGA